UUCGACGGGUGUCGUCCAAUCCGUAACCGCACAAUGCAGCGCGAAAGCAUCGACGAUGGGAUGGAUACGGCCGACAAUGGCGAAGACAUUCCGUCCGCAAGCAGCACAAAUUUAGCAUCCAUCAGUACAGAAUCUCAGCACAAUAGUGAACCAACAAAUGUGGGAAUAAAUCAGCAGCAGGCCAACACUGUUCAGCAUGAAUCUAUCGGUGCCGCUAGUGUUGGAACUGUGGGCCAAUCAUCCGACAGUGUACGCAGCACACCGAAGCUUAGCAACGAUCGGACCUCAAAGAAUGGAUCUCAAAUGCAACUGUCGCAAUUGGCACCGGUUGCCAGCGGUGCUGGAGCAUCGGGACUCGGCACUGGAGCGAACAACAGUACAAUAGUGGACGAAGGCGAUACUAUAACCGUGAUCGAGCGUCCGGUUAAUAUCGAAACCUCGGAACCAUCGAAAUCACCACUAAGCGCCUCCAACAUCACCUCAGUGCGGCUUAGUUUGUUGCCUUGGAAUAGCCACAAUCGUUCGGCGAUUCUGUCCGGCAACAGUGGCGGUGGAAUGGCGGCCACCAUCGAUAUGAUGGCCGCAUCGGAUGGUACGCUACGGCCUGGAGAAAUCGUAAUGCGUACGCUGUUCACAGACUUUACCGUGCAGGCGGAGAAGAAAAUCGAAAGCGUACUGUUGGAUGGGUCGGACAAAAACUUGCCAAAGUUGCUGCAGCGCGGUGAGGACUACCAGUUCGACCAGCUGCUCCAGGCACUCGGUUCCGUCGCUGAACACUGUCUGCCAUCGUUACUGAAGGCGCUGCUUGCCUGGCACAAGCAUCAGAUUUGUGACAAGAACAUAAAGCGAGACUUACAAACAGGACCAACCACCACCGCACACCACGCGGUGAACAAAUCGGGGCUGGAUUUAGAGUAUCAACUGUUGCGCCGAGAAGCGGCAGUAGAGUUCAUCUUCUGCCUUGCACUGAUCGAGAUCCUGCGUCAGUUUCCGUUCCACCCCGGGCAUGAUGAUAUAACGAAGCAGAUUGAAAACCUUGCCUUUCGCCAGUUCAAGUACAAAGAGGGUGCACAAACUGCGCCGAACGCAAACGACUGCUAUCGCAUUGCCGAUCUAUACGCAGAGGUGGUCGGUGUGCUGGCCCAGAGUCGAUUUUCCUCCGUGCGGAAGCGGUUCAUGACGGAGCUGAAGGAACUGCGCAGCAAGGAACCGAGCCCAUUCACUACGCACAGUAUUAUCAGCUUGCUGAUGGGCAUGAAGUUCUUCCGCGUGAAGAUGGCCCCGAUCGAGGAGUUUGAGGCAUCGUUUCAGUUCAUGCACGAAUGCGCACAGUACUUCCUGGAGGUAAAGGAUAAGGAUAUUAAGCACGCGAUGGCUGGCUUGUUUGUGGAAAUUCUAGUCCCGGUAGCGGCUACGGUGAAAAAUGAGGUGAAUGUACCGUGCGUGAAAAACUUCAUCGAUUUGCUGUACUCGCAAACGUUGGACGCAUGCACCAAGUCCAAGCACAAGCUGGCCCUGUUCCCCCUGGUGACGUGCCUGCUGUGCGUUUCGCAGAAAUCCUUCUUUCUCAGCAACUGGCACUGCUUUCUGGCGAUGUGUCUCAGCAAUCUGAAGAACAAGGAUCCGAAAAUGAGCCGCGUUGCGUUGGAAUCGUUGUACCGCUUGCUCUGGGUGUACAUCAUCCGGAUAAAGUGUGAAUCCAAUUCCGCCACCCAUUCGCGGCUGCAAAGCAUCGUGAACUCGUUGUUUCCACGCGGCUCCAAAGCGGUUGUCCCGCGCGACACACCGCUCAACAUAUUUGUAAAAAUCAUCCAAUUUAUCGCCCAGGAACGGCUCGACUUUGCGAUGCGCGAGAUCGUGUUCGAGCUGCUGUGUGUGGGCCGUCCGAUCAAGAUCAUCAUGACGCCGGAGCGUAUGAGCAUUGGGCUGCGCGCGUUCAUGGUGGUGGCGGACUCGCUGCAGCAGAAGGACGGCGAACCGCCCAUGCCACGUACGGUGGGCGUUCUUCCAUCCGGCAAUACGCUGCGCGUGAAGAAAACGUAUCUGAACAAAAUGCUCACCGAAGAUACGGCCCGCAGCAUCGGGAUGUCGAACUAUUUCCCGCACGUUCGGCGUGUAUUCGUGGACAUCUUGCGUGCGCUCGACAUUCACUGCGGUCGCCCACUGAUGAUGACGGUGAUACAGAAUCAAAACAAGGAGCUGGACGAAAUGCUCACCGGCGAACGGAAGCCACGCAUCGAUUUGUUCCGUACGUGUAUUGCCGCGGUUCCACGGCUCACCCCGGAUAAUAUGACCGGGCACGAGCUGGUGGACAUGCUGUCCCGCUUGACGAUCCACAUGGACGAGGAGUUACGUGGCUUGGCACAUCAAUCGUUACAGACGUUGGUUUGUGAUUUUCCCGAAUGGCGUCAGGAUGUGAUACAAGGCUUUAGUCAGUUUUUGGCACGAGAUGUAGUGGACACAUUUCCACAGCUGCUCGACAAUGGGUUGCGCAUGUUGUACGCAUUUCUGACGGUGUGGCGUAAUUUGCUUGGCACGGGAAGCAACAGCAACAGUAACAACAAUACGCUCAACACGAAGGUCGGCCCGAUUGGCACCGGUGGUGUUCCUGCACCGGGGCAACCCGGUGGUGGCGGUUUGGUGGCUGGACGUCCCACUAAUCAGCAAGAUUUGGGAAUGUUAAAAUCAAACCUUGCUCUGCCACAAACGGCUGCCAAUGCCUCGUUGAAUGCGGCUACAAUAAAUUCCAAUUCCAGUGGUAGCUCGGGCAUUUCUUCCAUCACACAAACAACCACCAUUACGGCGGGUGCGAUCGGUGGUGUGGGUACGAGCAGCAGCAGUGGCAUUGGUGGUGGUGCUGGUGGAGGCACUGCGGACUCGACGGCAGGCAGUAGCCACGCUACCGGUGGGAAGAAAGGACACGAGCUACCGCUAGCGACGACAAUGCACAUGGUGGAAGGUUUAGCAUUGGUUAUGCUUUGUAAUUGUCGAUCACAGCCACGCAAGUUUGCGGUCAGCAUAUUGAAGGAGGUGAAAGUAUUGAAAAAAUUACUAGGCAUUCCCGAAACGGAACCACCCUUGAUUGAUGUGAUCGAUAAAUGCUGUCCGCAGGUGCUUGAGAAAUGUCUACAUAUGCUACCUCAGACUGACCGUACGGCAAUGCUUAACGCUAACCUGAUCGAUCUGCAAUGGAUUGUGGAUCGUAACAGUGGCGUAUGGACAACGGGGCACAUCGAGGAAUCAACUAAAGCGUCCACCUUAACCCUUUGUCUGUCGCAAUCAGCGCUUGGCCAAGCGUACGAUCCCUGGAGUGUGUGUUUGUUCGGGUUCAUGGAGCGGACACGCGUUUUACAGCAUUGUCCAUCAGUAGUGGCGCAAGCCUGGCCCAUUUGCUACCAACGUGUAACGAGCCUGUUCAACGUGAUAGAUCCAACCCCGGUUAGUGAUAAUCGUGCAUCGUUACUACGCAGUUCUGCACCGACGAAGAAACCACCCUCCGAGGCGCAGCGUGACUCGUUGGCACAUCUGUGGAAAAAUCAGGUAGCACUCGCAAUGCGUCUUAUACCGCAAAUGCCAAGCGUUGCUGUGCGAUGUGCCUCGCCUGAUCUUAGCCUGAGUCUGCAUGAUCAGUCGGAUUCCCGCUCGUUGUCCGACUCGUUGGACAAUAUACCGUCAUCCGUGUUUGGACCAGAAGGAAUCGUGACACGCUUCACCCUACCUCUAUCCUAUGGUCGCAAAGAUGCCAGACAUAAGAGACAAGGCUCGUCGCCGGAUUCGCUGUCGGCGGAUCGUAGCGACAAGUCCAGCGGGACGACCGCUUCACCGGUGGCACUUUACAAGCUGGUAAUACCGUUGUUACGUUGCGAAGUCGUCGAUAUACGAGAUGCGGCCGUUAAUGCACUGGGAAUGAUAAACCAUGACGCGCUCAAGGACCUGAUGGAAGAGCUAGUAGUGUACAUCCGUGAAGCCAUCGAUCGGAAGCAGGAGAAUAUGAGACGCCGCCGACGGCGUGAUGCACUGCGGUUGCAACUGGUGCGUGUGCUGGAGAAGAUUGCGGAGAACGGCACGUUCGGCAUCAGUCAAUUUGUGCUGGAGCGCGAAACGAUGUCGCUGCAUCCGACCUUCGUCGAGUACAUCGACGGUGCCCGCCUGUACCUGGAAUCGGAAACGGACGGCAAGGACAGCAGCAGCAUGCGCGAGGUAAAGACACACUUCUGUGACUUUAUACGCAAGAUGAUAAAAAACUUUUCGCUCGAAUCGUGCGGCACACUGUUGUCGCGUGAGCUGAAACGGAACCUGGUCAAUCUGUUUGUCGGUUGGAGUGGUAGUGCAUAUGCGCUACCCUUUGCACAUGGCCAUCAUGGUUCCACGCACCACCACCAUGGGAACCACCAUGGGGUGGGUAGCAGUGGUAGCGGUGGUGUUAGCAUUACCGGAAUCGGCAGUGGUGUUAGCGGCAUCGGUGGUGGAACGAUUGGUGCGAGUGUAUGGGGCAGCUCGUCUACCACGACCGGUAUCGGUUCUGCGGCCAACGCGUCCGUUGGAACCAUUGCAGCGGAAGAGGAAAGGUUACAAUUCAGCGCAUUACAGGCCAUGUCAGCAGUUCUAUGUUGUGGUCCAUGUUUUGAUUCCGGUCACUUGGCGGAAGAUGGUGCAAUUUACAGCUGGUUGGACAUGUUAAUGACUUCCAAAGAUGAUAAGAUUUAUGAAUUGGCCAAGGAGACGGUCGUACUGCUGCUUGAAUCAAACCCCGAUAUAGGGCAGCUUCUUGAGUGGGUCAUUGAUCGCUGUUAUACGGCUUCUCCACGUGAAGCAGAUGCUUGUUUUCUAGCAUUGGCUGUGAUAUUCAGCGCAAGAGAAUAUCCAUGCGACCAUUAUACAUCUGUGAUUAACGUAACGCUGCUGAUGACUGGCUGUCCCAGAGUUGAGGUACACUCGACCGCCCUUCAGUUGCUGCAGAUUUUGGACAAACGGUUCUUUGGUAACGUUGGACCGUUACAUACCGAGAGCGAUCGGGAACCGGAUAAAAUAGGCACGUUGGAUGCCGUACUGAGUGGGGCGUACUGUCGAUCCCAGAUGUAUCUGUCUCGGCAGAUAGCGCGCCUUCGUCCGGAACUGACAAUGUCAAUGUUUUCUGAGAUUACGUAUCGAUUUCAGACGGCACGAGCCGAAGCACGUGCACUAUUGCUACAGUGCUUGCUACCAUGGUUGGAAAAUGUAGAACUUGUAGCCUCGAGCGUUCCGCCAGCGACUCCACUCUCCUACAUUAUGUAUUAUCCGGAUGCUGGUACAAGGGGACGCCGUGAAGGAUCUGGCUCGACCGAGGCAACGGAAAUGAUACUGAAUAAUCUCUUUUACAUUACAGCUAAGUUUGCCGAUUCACACCCGUACAUCGAAGAGCUUUGGGGCACCUUGUGCCAGUUUUGGCCCAACAACCUUAAAGUCAUACUACGCUACUUGCUCAUCAUAUCCGGCAUGGCACCGAACGAGCUGCUAGCCAAUGCAAAACGGGUUGCAUUAUAUUUGGCCCGUUCAUGCACCAACAGGCUGCUGGACGAGCUGAUGAGCGAACUGCAAACGGUGGAAACGCUAAACUGUUUAAUUGAGCGCACGGAAACACCACCAUUUUACCGCCUAACGAGCAUGAGAAAAGCCUCCAGCCACUCAGAUGGUCCCGCUUCCGGCAACAAUGAUCCGAAGGUGCAGGAUGUUGACGUAGAAAAAGGAACUAUCCAUACGAAGCGCCACAGCGGAGAGGACCCAAUAAAAUCCGGCACGUGCAAAUCGGACAGUGCGCUACGCACGUUCGCAAACGCGUACCGGCCGCCCCGUGGCAGCGACAAGAUACGGACCGCAUCCGGACCGUGCGUGUUGCCGCGCCACGAGGACGUAAUGAUGAUGAUGAACGAACCGGAAAUGAACCAGGAGGAUAAUUUCGUGCAAAUACGCACCGAACAGCCGACCGCACCCCAUCCACUGCCGAUGCCGGAGUACGGUGGAUACUUUGCGCCGCUGACCGAGUUUUUGCCGGAUACGAACAUACCCAUCAGCGGGUUCCAUCGGUGCAAUGUGGCUGUCAUGUUGCUGACCGACAUCGUGGUGGAUGGCAUACCCGGGCUCGACUGGACGCUGCACGUUCCGCUCAUGCUGCACAUUUUAUUUCUCGGGCUGGAUCACACCCGUCGCAUUGUGCGGGACCAUUGCAAGAAGCUGCUGUUGAACUUGCUGAUUGUGCUGGCCGAGCAUAACGAUCAUUUAACGGUAGCGAAGAUACUGCUAAACAGUGAUACAUCCAAGCUGCGGUUAGGUAUUGUUGUACCGUCCCUGCCGGUGAUUGAUCACAAUUUUACCGAGCCGGAUCAGGAGUUCGAUAGCUACCUGUUUGGGUUAAACACCGGCACCGCGCAGCAGUCGAUACUUUCGCCCGCGUCGAACCAACCGAACGAGGAAACGCCGACCGUGCCGAUGAUCGUAACUGAGGAGAAUGCACCACCGCAACCGGGACCGACCAUGCCGACGGCACACGUCAUCAAGAGUUUGAUCAAGUUCCUCUCGAACGCGAGCAGCCAACAGCAGCCGCUGUGGAACUACGAGGACAUAACGGCGAAAGUUUGGAGCAUAAAGUCGGCGGAUCAGUUGCAGUGCUUCCUGCGACAUAUCGUGAAGGCGUUCACGGACAGCUAUCCCCACGCACGGAUCCCGGAGCGCUGGGCACAGACAGCGCUGCAGCUUGGGCUUAGCUGCUCGUCGCGCCACUACGCCGGGCGCAGUCUGCAAGUGUUCCGCUCGCUUAAUGUACCAAUCAACUCGCGCAUGCUGUCUGACAUUCUGUCGCGGCUGAUCGAAACCGUCGCCGAGCAGGGUGAAGACAUGCAGGGCUACGUAACGGAGCUGCUGCUCACGCUGGAGGCGGCCGUCGACAGUCUCGAUUCCGACUUCCGGCCGCUGGAUGUGAUGAAGGACAUCUUCAAAAGUACGCCGAACUUGAACAACAAGGAAGGUGUGGUAUCGGGCAUGUACAGCGGCAGCAAGCGUUCCGGGGAUGGGGGCAUUGUUGGUGGAUCGCCCGGGCAAAGUUUGCACAAUGCGACCAGCGGUGGGCACACGCGCAGCACCAGCUACUCCAUCUCGUACUGCUCACGCAAGGCGGCCAACUCGCCGAUCGACAAGCAGAUCGAGCUGCGCAAUCGGAACGCGGCGCUAGAAAUUGAACGCAAUGCGGCCAAGUUCGGUGCUGGUCAAACGUCACUGUCGCGAUCGCGCAGUGCCCAGAGUCUUAAGCUACUCGGCGAUACGGCUACGCAGGACGAUAAAAUGACGAUACUGGCGCAGCUGUUUUGGUUAGCCGUGUCACUGCUGGAAAGUGACUAUGAGCACGAAUUUCUGCUCGCACUAAGAUUGCUUACGCGCGUACUACACCGUCUACCGUUGGAUAGACCGGACGCGCGGGAUAAGGUAGAAAAGUUGCAGCAACAGCUCAAGUGGUCUACGUACCCGGGAGUGCACGCGCUGCUGCUGAAAGGUUGCACGCAUUCCGGGACGUAUGAAGCAUCGAUUGCGCUGCUGUCGCAGUUGACGCCCCUACUAAAUCUGCCCGUGUGUGAUCCAACGCAAAGCUGUGCGUUUCCCAUGAAUGUGAUCGCUCUCCUGCCAUACAUGCUGCUACACUACGAGGAUGCCAACGAGAUUUGCAUCCGGAGCGCCGAGAACAUCGCCCAGGUUGCGUCCGAAAUGGGGCUCAAGCUGGAGAAUCUCGGCACGGUCAUGACGCUGUACAGCAGGAAGACUUUCAGCAAGGAAUCAUUCCAGUGGACCAAGUGUGUGGUAAAGUAUCUGUACGACACGUACGCCCACAUGGGUCUGCACAUGCUGGCGUUCCUAACGGAGGUGCUGGAGAAGGGUUGGGUGCAGGUGCAACUGCAGGUGCUGAGUGUGAUUCACUGCAUGCUGCACUACGUGGAUCUGUCCGCCAUCCCAAUACAACCGAUCGCAGGCGAUAUGCUGAGGAUAAUAUCGAAGUAUUUGGAUAGCCCCAAUUGGAAGGAAGCGUUAAAGAUUCUAAAGUUCGUGGUGACACGCAGCUCCAGUCUGCAAGUGGUGCCACAAUCGUCCGAGGGUGGUUCGUCCUUUGCUAACCUGCAUGGAAGCUUCAGCGAUUCGGAGGUAUUCUGCAAGAAGGAACUAGCCGGACGAACGAUGGAGUUUUCCUUCGAUGUAUCGCAAACGCCCCUGAUAGGACGCAAAUUGCUGCUAAAAUCCGACAACGAAUCAAACGCACCGUCCGGCGCUGGCGGUGCCCUAAUCGGUGCGAAAGGUUUCAACGGUUCGAGCAAUGUUACCGCGACGGGGACGCAUUACGGACACGCGGGUACACCAAACUCACCGCGCCGAAGUGCCAGUCUUUCACCGGCCGAUACUGCACCACUGAGCGGAUGGAAACGGCCAUGGAUGUCACAGGGACGCGUGCGGGAAUGUUUGGUAAAUCUGCUAACAACAUGCGGACAACGUGUCGGUUUACCCAAGAGCCCUUCGGAUGAUAUCAUAAGCUCAUUGUAUUCCAAGGUCAUCUUCAGCCAAUCGUCCGAUCUGCUCGAGCGCCAAUCGUCUGCCGCAUCCAGCACGGACGAGACGUCCGGUGCCCAGCAGGAUUUGAGCGGUGGUUCGAAGCGGGACGACGGUGCACCGGACUUUGGUGUGUUCAAGGACUUUGAUUUCCUCGAGUACGAAAGCGAAAGCAUCGAGGGCGAAUCGACGGAUAACUUCAACUGGGGCGUGCGACGCCGCCCACUGUCCGAGGGCGAAAACGAACCACACUCACUGUCCGCCGGUGGCGGUGGUGGUACCAGUGGUGGUGGUGGUGGCGGUAGUGGUGUCGGCAGCGGCAGCGGUUUGCGUACAUCACACCCAAACAUUGACGAGAGUCUGAGCGAGAAAACGCCGGUCUUCAAUCGCCGCAAGCGUCCCAACGCGGACGAUUCGUCGGACGAGGAAGUUGAGUCGGAAUCGCCGCUGGACGAGGAACCGCGCCCAAUCUUCUCGAAGGCGGCCUACCUGAGCGGACCACCGACGAGCCUGAGCCUGCGGGAACGGCGCCAUCGGCGGGAUUCGGUGUCGCGUAGCGAUACGAGCGGUUCGAGCGCAGGCGACCUCGGUGACAUCACGCCGUGCAAUGCGUCCCCGCAUCUGCCGGGCAUGCACCCGUUCCGUACCGGGCCGAUACGGGACGAAAGUGUCGAUGUGUGGCGCCGCAAUCUGGUGGCACUGCUCGUGAACCAACCGUCGUCCCACGCGCCCGACCUGCUCAAUCAAAUGUUCCGCCUGAUGAAGGAGCUGACGCUGCGCUCCAUUUCGAUUUCGAAGGAGUGUAUGCGGUAUUUCACCGGGUGUGGAGUGCAGCUCGGCCACCGUAUUUCGGUGCUGUCCGAUCUGCUGGCAACGCGCGGUGAUCCACCGAAAAUUUGGUACCACCAAAGCCUCGCGACCACACCGCGGCUCUUCGAGAACCUGCGGUACGGUGUGCUGGAGGUGCAGGAGCACCUGGAGACGUUCUUCGACCGUAAGGAAACGGUGCUGGACAGCUUGGACGAGGUAAAGGCGUCCUGCAAGUUGGCCCUCUUCACGUCGGACAUUGAUUCGGCGAACGAAGGCACCGGUGGUUCCAGCACAGUCGUGUCCCUUUCCACCUCGACCGAUCCAGCCACGGCCGAGCUGCUGCUCGAUCUGGGCCGUGGACUGUACAAGCUGAUGUUCCAGUUGCUGCUUCUGAUUGAGUCGGACCAUAAAAUAGCUAUCAGCGUGGUGCAGAACCUGCGCCAGAACGAACAAAUGCAGGACCUUUCCAACCUGUACAUGUCCGUCCGUGGUGCCCUGCUGCGCUGCAUCGACGAUGCGGAGAUGGAAUCACUCGACACAUCCACGUCGACCGAGGGUGAAAACACACCAACGCCUUCCCCGGGAUUGCCAAUGAAUAACAGCGAGUUCGAGAACAUACUGGUGGAGCUAAUCGACAACCAGCGGUGGUCGGCAGCGAUAAAUCACGUUAAACAGCACAAACAAAUGUCGAACCAUUCUGCAUCGAAUUACAAUCUGCCCGGUGCUGGUGGUGGUGGUGGUGGUGGUGGUACCGUGUUCACCUCAGGCAGCAACACCGGUGUGGUGGCGUGCGGUGGAGGUGACGGCCUGUUCAGCAAUCUUGGCACGGAAUUUAAAACCAUCGAUGAUUUAUCGAUCAUACUGAAUGUUUACGCCCAUCGGCUGACGAAGGAUAGAAACGAUGUGUUCAUUGUGUCCCGGUCCGAGUUUGAGCUCGGUGAAAUCUAUCAAAUUCUGAUGGAAAACUUGCUGCACGUUUCGUCCGCGCUGUCCAACAUGGAAAUCAGCAUGAAGGCCAACACCAGUUCCAGCUCCUCGACGGUAACAACGAUGACGACAAUCCCGGCCGUACAUGGCCCACCGGGUGGAAGCGGCAGCGGGCAAGGCAAUGGUGCGCAGGGGAACUCAGCAGCGGGCUCGUUAAUCAGUACCGCACAAGGCGCUAAUCAGCUCAUACCAAGGCCACCGCCACCGGUACUGGCCCCGACGAACCCAUUCAAAGAUACGGUAGACAUCAUCACGACACUGUAA